AUGUUUGGGAAUACUUGGGGAAUAGCGUCGGCUAUCACUCUUUUCGCCGGCGCGACCGCUGCCAUUGAUCUUGACAUCAAUAAUGAGCAGUCCGUCAAGAACGCGGCUCGCACGGCCGCGUACGGCGCCAUGUCUUACUACAAGGGAAAUCUGACCGGCCACAUCCCCGGCGCGUUCCCCGCCAAAUGGUGGGAAGGCAGCGUCCUGUUCGAUACCAUGAUUCACUACUGGUAUCUGACCGGCGACGAUUCGAACAACCCGGCCGUGAUCCAGGGAAUGAACUGGCAAAGUGGCGACAACAAUGACUACAUGACUGCAAAUUAUAGCUCGUUUAUUGGCAAUGAUGAUCAAUCGCCUUGGGGGCUUGCGGCGAUGACCGCUGCGGAGUUUGACUUGCCACAGACGUCUUCAGAGGCCUCAUGGGCGACCAAGGCAGCGGCCGUGUUCAACUCUCAGGCGGCCCGCUGGGAUGACGCCACGUGUGGUGGUGGACUACGGUGGCAGAUUUACACAUACGAGGGCACCGGCUACAACAUGAAGAACGCACUUUCCAAUGGCGAAUUCUUUGAGCUUGCUGCCCGCCUGGCCCGGUACACGGGUAACACGACCUAUUCCGACUGGGCUGAGAAGAUCUGGGACUGGAGUUCUUCCUCCCCGCUUUUGAACAAUGAGACCUGGUCUGUCUCUGAUUCUACAGAUGUCGAGAACGGCUGUGCGACUGAGGAUAACAUCCAGUGGUCGCUAAAUUAUGGUACAUACGUCACCGGUGCAGCUUAUAUGUAUAAUUUGACCAACGGUGGCUCGAAGUGGAAACUGGGCGUAGAUGGGCUACUGAACACUAGUCUCUCUACUUUUUUCCCUGCAAAAUACGGCAGAGAGAUCAUAGAAGAAUUGGUAUGUGAAGGGAGUGAGAACUGCAACAACAACGAGAUUCUCUUCAAGGGAAUUUUCAUGCGUGACCUCGCCCUGAUAACUACCGUCGCGCCACACACGAUGGAUGACAUUCUUCCACGUCUACAGGGCUCUGCAGAGGCAGCUGCAGAGGCUUGCACCGGCGGUUCAAAUAACACCUGUGGUAUACAAUGGUACAAGAAGCAAUAUGACGGCUCGAGUGGAAUGGAACAAGAGAUCAGCGCAGCUAGUGUGUUCACAGCAAAUCUGGUUGCUUUUGGUAAUAAGACUCCAGCUAUACAGUCUGGAGGUGCCAAUGCAACUUCCACGAACACGACCAGCACAGCUUCUGGAAAUCAGACUGCUUCUACUGCUUCGGGUACUUUGACCAAUAGUGCAAGCAUGCUUUUUGCUGGACCGUUGGCUGUUACUGCUGCUGUAGUGGCUGGUAUUAUGGUCGUUUUCUGA